AUGCCGCAGUCUUUGCGCCCGCACUCGUCGCCCGCACUUGUCGCCCGCACUCGUCGCCAGCACUCGUCGCACGCACUCGUCGCCAGCACUCGUCGCACGCACUCGUCGCCCGCACUUGUCGCCCGCACUCGUCGCCAGCACUCGUCGCACGCACUCGUCGCACGCACUCGUCGCACGCACUCGUCGCACGCACUCGACGCAGGCGCACUGCGAGACUGGCGGCCUCCCUGCGCACGCGGCAGCCGGGAAGGCAUCUCCUCGCUGGCCAUGGGCGCAUCUCCUCGCUGGCCACGGGCGCAUCUCCUCUGCAGGCCGCCUCGCUGUGUCUUCAUGCCUCUCCCCUGGGACAGCCUUUCAGGCGCCUCAAAAGUCCUCUCCCGUGGAACAGCCAUAACAGCGGGCAGCACUGACGCACCGUGCAGCGCCAUCAGGCUGAAUGAAGAUGGGCAGGUGCGCACUGGCGCGCUGGUGCACCCAGCAGCACCACAAGGCCGGGAGAAGCGCCAUUCUACCCCCCCGCCCCUCCACACUGCCCUCCAUGCAUCCCCCACCCCCCCUCUCUCCACCUCCCCAAGGGGUGCGAACGAGGAGGGACAGCUGCGCACGG